UGUCGUGUUACUUGCUUUUGAAAACACUUUUCUGCUUUCUUCCUAGUCUCUUAGAUAUUCUGUUUCAAAUUAUGGAUUGAACCAACUCUUACCUGCUUUUAUUGAGAAGGAGAAAAAAAUACUUGUAUAGCUAUACAUUGAAAUUUACCAGUAGUUUGACCACAGAAGAGAUCAUCUACAUCAGUGUAAAUGAGUCAGAAUGGAUCAGGAAGGUGGGGGUGACUUCCAGAAAGCCCCUAACUUCCAGUGGAGAAACUACAAGCUCAUUGUUGAUCCUAUGCUUAAGGAUGGCCCGCACAAGAUCUACCGCUAUGACGGAGUGCAUUUCAGCACUAAUGACUCAGGUCACACUCCUGUAAAAGUUGUUCAGGAUCCGAGACAUAGGAAAUGGUCUAAAACCAGAGAUCUUUCUCUUCCUGUCCCAAAAUUUAAGCUAGAUGAGCACUACGUGGGCCAGAUCCCUCUGAAGGAGGUGACUUUUGCUCGGCUCAAUGAUAACAUCAAGGAAUCCUUUCUCUGUGAGAUGUGCAAAAAGUAUGGUGACAUUGAGGAGAUUGAGAUUCUGUAUAAUCCAAAGAAUGGCAAACAUCUGGGUCUGGCCAAGGUGCUCUUCACCAGCACAAGGGGGGCGAAGGAGACAGUCAAAAACCUGCACAACACUUCAGUCAUGGGCAACAUCAUCCAUGCCCAGCUGGACAUCAAAGGUCAACAACGUAUGAAAUAUUAUGAACUGAUUGUGAAUGGCUCUUUCACACCCCAGACUGUCCCAACUGGAAGCAAAAUGCUGAAUGAGAAGUUCUUACCUGAUUCAUCAGAGUCUCGAAGACACCAUUCGGCCAAUUCCUUGUACCCGUGUAAUACAAUGCCUUCAACGCCUGGCAAUGGCAUCCCUUGUUCUCAGGACACUCCAUACUCCAGUGGCCGACAGGACACACCUUCUUCCUAUGGCCAGUAUACACCACAGUCCCAGGGGACUCCGUAUACCCCUCGGGGAGGAACACCAUAUUCACAGGAUUCUGCCUACUCUAGCAGGCAAGGGACCCCAGGCUACUCAAGCUACCAGCCAGAAUCAACGUCCUACAAAUCGUCUCGGCAUGAGAACAGCUUUUCAGACUCGUACUUCCGCUGGCAAUAUGUUUCAUCCUCAUCUUCAUCUUCCUCCACUCACUACCGCAGCAAUGACCAUCACUACCCACCUUACAGUCAACAGUUUGGUGGUAGCAGCAGCAGCAGCAGCAGUGGUGCGGCCACAACCAGUAGUAGCCGAUAUCAGCGUCUCUCAUCCACCUCAGGGCGAUCUUCCUCCUCCUCCUCCUCUCAUCGCUCUCAUCCGAGAGAGGACUCUGGCUUCCAUUCCCGACACAGAGAACGUUCUCAACGGGAUGAUCCUACUCUUCCAUCCACCGUCACAACCACUACUCCUUCCACCUGUGUUGUCACUGCAGCUUGCUCCUCAUCUGUAACAACGGCAUCAGAAAGCAUUCAGUUCCAGAAUAGUCAUGGUUUUGCCCAGCAGAGUGUGGAACAUUUCCCAGCACCCAGUGUGAUCUACCCAUCUUACACAGCCACCCCAGAGUCCUUCUCUGUGACUGCAGAACCCCAUGCUGUGGAUCAGGAUUACCGGCUGCUCCCCACGGCAGAAACGUUUGCAGCCAACUCCCUGCCUCCCACAGAAUUUCUUUCUCAGGAAACUAAAGAGAACAUCAGUCCAGCAGUGACUGUAGCCCCAGGGAUUGAUGACCGAUCCCGUUCUCCUGCUGUGCAGACCUCACCGGCCCGAUCUGGUUCCCCUGUCCCUGAGACUACCAAUGAGAGUGUACCCUUUGCUCAGCACAGCAGCUUGGACUCCCGCAUCGAGAUGCUGCUGAAGGAGCAGCGGUCCAAAUUUUCUUUUCUCAGUUCAGACACCGAAGAGGAAGAGGAAGAGAAAGGGGGUCCCAAGGGAGCAGAGCCACAUGGCCCCUGCACCCCACCACCACCUCUUCCAGUCAGCUUUGAAGAUGUGGUGCCAGCCAUGGAUGAGGCAGCAGGAGACGAAUCCCCAAAGGCUAAUGGGCAAGACAGAGCAUCUCAGCAGUCUUCAGGUGAAGACAUGGAAAUUUCUGAAGAUGAAGCCGAAGUUGAGCCUGCAACUCCUGUGGCAGGGGUGUCCGACCCUCAUUUUUCUGUGAUGCCAUCAGUUCUGGGCCACAUGCAAUUGGGGGUGUCCUCCUUUACUUCCCACCAUCAUCCAGAACCACCGCCCUCUUAUCCAAUCCAGCCUCUCAUGUCCGUCUCCCUCCCUCACCUGGCGGGUAAAACCCAUUCACUCCCUAAUUUUGGCCAAGUCGGUCCCCGUCUUGGUCAUCGCCUGUCCGAUUUCAGAGGACGAGCAAAUGUGGUGGGUGGAGGCCGUGGUGCUCCCCACAUCUAUGACUUUGUCAACUCCAUGGAGCUCAUGAACAGGCUUGGCAACCAGUGGGGUGGGAUGCCCAUGUCUUUCCAGAUGCAAACCCAGAUGCUUAGCCGCCUUCAGCAGCUGCGCCAAAGCAAAGGCCAGUACGAGGACCCUUUCUCCUAUCACCGAGAUGCAGCUUCUUUUUGUGGUCGUCCUCUGUAUGGUGCUGGGUACUUAUUGGAGCAGGGCACUCACCACUUCCAGCGAGACCAGCUUUUCAUGCAGCAGCCAUCAGCAGUUGGGACCUCAGAGCAACAGCAACAGCAGCAGCAACAACAACAUUCCUCGGAGCAGCCGCCUCUGCCCCCUCCACAGAGGCAUCUUGAUUUCCGGACAGCUCCAUGGGGAUAUCAGGAAGAGGUGGCUCCGCUCCCACCACUUCCUGAAGAUCCACACGCCUGUGUAGUGGACAGUGUCCUUGCAAGCCUCAUGCAGGAGAUGAAGAACAUCAUGCAGCGAGACCUCAAUCGCAAGAUGGUGGAGAAUGUGGCUUUCAGCACCUUUGACAAGUGGUGGGAGUGCAAAGAGGAAAAGGCCAAGCCUUUCCAGAACACUGUUAAACAGCUAGUCAAGGAAGAGGAGAAGGACAAAACCAAACUGAAAGAACCCGCCCUUCUGUCUCUAGUGGACUGGGCCAAGAGUGGUGGGACUGGUGGCCUGGAGGGCUUUGGCUUUGGGACUGGCUUUCGAGGAGUCCUCAGACUCCCCUCCUUCAAGGUGAAAAGGAAAGAACCCUCUGAAAUCUCAGAGUGCAGCGAAGUGAAGCAGCCCUGCCCUUCUACUCCUGCUGAAGAGGAUGCGGAAGAUAAAAAAUCCUUACAAAUACCCAAAACCUCCAAGAGGGACGAUGAAAGGAUCAAAGGUCCAGGAAAGCGGCGAAAACUUUUCUGUCUGGACAGUGAAGGAGAGGAGGCAUCUGAGGACUCCUCCUCAGAGAAGGAUGAAGAGGAAGAGCGCCGUGAAGAUGAACAAGGUGCCGGAGGACACAGCAGAAAGAGGGAACAAGAUCGUGAUAGCGAUGGUUCGUCCAAGUAUUCACCUUAUGAGGAGUCUGAUGAUGACAGUGACAGCACUUCUGAUUCCGAAAGCAGCUCCUCUUCCUCAUCUUCCUUGUCAUCAUCAUCAUCGUCAUCUGAUGAGGAAGAGGUUGAGAGCAUGGAGGAAAUAGAUGGCUCUGCCACUCCACUGGAGUCAUUGGGAUGCACGGAAAAGAGAAUAUGGCCAGCAACAGGCAUUGAGAUGGGCAAGAAGUCAGAAGCAGCUCUCCUUCAAGGCCAUGUUGUUGAGGAGAAGCCUACUUUACCUCAGAAUGAUACUUUCCUAGUCCCAGCAAUAGAGGAGAAAGGUGUCUGGAUAGCCCCAGAAGAGCGAACACGACAAGAACGAUCUUCCUCACCCAUUCCACUUCUGCCACCACCCAAGAAACGCCGGAAAACAGUGUCCUUCUCAGCUCCUGGUGAGGAUGAAGGGACCUUGGAGAAGCCACUGGAAUUGGCACCUUUGGGUCUCCUAGCCCCACUGCCCCCACCUCCUCCUCCUGUCCCCAUAGAGGAAGCACAAUCUCCAUUAGUUCCUGUGGAACCCAUGCUACCACCCCAAGUGUCCUUAACUUCAGAUACCCCUGUUCUAGUUACUUGCUCCUUGCCUCCCCCAGCCUCCCCGGUAAAGCUAGUGGCUCCUCCCAGCCGCAGGCGGGAGCCGCCAAAAGCAAGUCAAAGGACAAUCAGCAACCUGCCAGCAGACCACGCUUCUCUUGUGAAGUGUUGGUCAGAGGAUAUGCCAACUGGUCGCUCCCGAAACCGUUCUCGCUCCCGAAACUCAGAACAUUUGAGGAUACCACAACCCCCAGAGGAAGAUAGACUGCACAUGCGUGAGCAGAUGGGGGCUUCCUCGCUACUGGAGCUGGCCAAUCAGCCUGACCUGGCUGUACUGGCUGAUGUGGCUCUCAAGAUGCCCACCGUUGCAGGUAGAGAAGAUUUGGAGGAGACCUCGGAUGAAUCUCAGGAGCCGAAGCGUCUGCUUCUGCCACCCGUGUUAUCCCUUGAAGUCAGCAGCAUCUUCAUGGAGCAUAACUAUACCAUGGCAGUGCGUGCAAAACCAGUAACUGUCUCCCGGAAACACGAUGAGGCAGCACUACUUGGUUCUGCUGACCUGUUGCAGAUGGAAGUAUUUAAUGAGCACAUUGGUGAGGUUCUGGAGGCUCCGGAGGAGAUAGUGGCAGAUGCCAGUGAAGUCAGAACUGAAUCUGAAGUGGGCGAUCUUGUAGCACUGGCGCCCCCAUCUCCCCAACCCCUCGAAAAGCCUAAGAUACCUGCUGUCCCAGACCAGCAGCAGCCACAGAUGAAGAAACCUCCACAUGGCCUAAAGGAGGAGGUGGUAAAGGAUCUAGGAGCAUUACCUUUUGUCCCAGAGAGUCUGUUCCCUUCUGAGAGUGAGGAGGAGGAGGAGGAAGAGGAAGAGGAUGAUGAGAGCCUUGAUAGCAGUGACGAAGGGGAGAUUCGUAGAAGAUCUCUGCGCUCUCAUUCACAUAAGCACACCCCUACCCAGCCCCCUUUUCCGCCCCCAGUCUUUGAGACCCGCAGUGAAUUUGAACAGAUGACAAUCUUGUAUGACAUCUGGAAUUCAGGGCUAGAUUUCGAAGAUAUGAAAUACUUGAGACUGAUGUAUGAGCGUUUGUUGCAUGAAGACAAUAGCACAGACUGGCUGAAUGACACCCAUUGGGUCCAGCACACCAUCACAAAUAUUGCAAAUCCCAAACGGAAGAGGAAAUUGUCUGACCUGCGGGAACAUCAAACAGGUUGUGCUCGUAGUGAGGGCUAUUACCACAUCAGUAAGAAGGAGAAGGACAAAUACGUUGACAUGUGCCCAGUCACAGUGCAGCAGUUGGACACCACUGAUACCCAGGGCACCAACCGCAUCUUGUCAGAACGACGAUCUGAGCAAAGGCGUCUGCUGAGUGCCAUCGGCACCUCUGCCAUCCUUGAUAGUGACCUUCUGAAACUUAAUCAACUGAAGUUCCGAAAAAAGAAACUCCGGUUUGGACGGAGUCGAAUUCAUGAGUGGGGCCUGUUUGCAAUGGAGCCUAUUGCUGCCGAUGAAAUGGUCAUUGAAUAUGUGGGGCAGAACAUCCGCCAGAUGGUGGCUGAUAUGCGUGAGAAGCGGUACGCCCAGGAAGGUAUCGGGAGCAGCUAUCUUUUCCGUGUGGACCAUGACACAAUCAUUGAUGCCACCAAGUGUGGCAAUCUUGCUCGUUUCAUCAAUCAUUGCUGCACGCCCAACUGCUAUGCCAAAGUCAUCACGAUAGAGUCCCAGAAGAAGAUCGUGAUCUACUCCAAGCAGCCCAUCAGCAUCAAUGAGGAGAUUACAUAUGACUACAAGUUCCCAAUUGAGGAGAACAAGAUUCCCUGCUUAUGUGGCACAGAGAACUGUCGGGGGACCCUGAAUUGAAACAGAAGCCUGGCAUUCCUAUUUAUUUUGUUUGUUCACCCCAUUUUUCACCAGUAGUUCAGCAUCUCUUCCCACAGAGCUGCCGUGGGAAAGUUCUCAGUCGCCUUAAGACCCAUCUAGAAUCUUUUAGAAGUUUUCCAUUUGCCUCUCCUCAGGUUCCUAAUCAGUGAGAAAUCUCCUUUUCUUCCAGUCAAUCAGAAAUGGUUCUCUCCUUCUCACUUACACUGGUGUUUCUGUCAUUUUUGAUCCAACUCCAAAACAGAUAGCAGUUAAACACCUCUUCCUCCUUGGAUGAAGAACGGCUUUAAUCUUAAUUGCCUACAAGUCAGUUCUGCUUUUAAAUUUAGCAAAAAGUUUGAGUCUCCUGUUCACUGAAGGGUACGUUAAACAAAAUUUAUUCCCUUCAAUUUAAGGAUCUUCAGCGUGUUGAGGUCAGUUAAUAAAACUAUAGGAAUUGCAGGGUCCAAGAAAAAACCUAUGAAGAAUUUUGAGACCAUUCAGUGUUUGAUGUUCUUGAAGGGCAUAAUGGUACAUGUAGUUAGGAGUUGAUGAAUCCUUGAGAUGUUAUAGUUGAGGUUUUUUAAAGCAUUGGAUUCGUUUAUAAAACAUAGGUUUAUUGAGAUGUAUAUGAGAACAGUUCUGGAAGGAAAUCCUUUCCUAAAUGGACUUGUUCUGAUAUUCAAAGUUUUCCCUGAACCCUUAUAGCCAAGAUUAUCCAGGGAUUAUGACUUCCCAGUUUCAUUUAGCUAUAUUUUUAACUAUGUGCAAAGAUUUUAAACUUUUCUGGGUUUAGAUGAUUUAUUCCUAAUUCCAUCUGUCAUUUUAUUCUUCCAACCACGCACUUAAGGUUACAAUAGCAAAGAUUCUGAAAAGUAAUUUUAUGGUGGCAUUCAGAUUGAACCUCCCUUUCCCUAUGUUGUGUCUGCCUUGCAAUAGGUAUUAAAAAGGAGGGGAAAUCCAAAACCCCAUAAUUAAGGGAGCCAUUUCUUUGCUACAAUUAUGGCCUCAAUAAUCUGACUCAUAGCAUAAGCUAAGACCUUACCCCAAUCCCCUUCCUUCCAUAUUUUUUUCUUAGGAGAAGAAAAUUGUGUAUAUAUCUAGUCCAGAUGGAUUGGUUGUUUCUUGUAGAAACACAUGUUUACUGCUAUGUAAAUAUUUUAUUUUUGUUGUCCACUUCAUACUGAAAAGAGAGCUGUAAAUAACGUUUCAUUAUAUUUCCUUUUCCUGCUUUUAUCUAUAUUUGCGUCAUGCCACUUUUCUUUUUAAAAUGCAACGGAUCUUUUUCCUUUUCUUAUCGUGGAGCAAAUGAAUGGGGUAUUAGAGGUCAGCAAUGCGUAUUUCAUUAGCCACUUACAUGGGAGUCAGUUAAAACAAAAGACUUUAGGCACAUCAAGCUAUUUUAGCAGGAUUUACUGUUUCUUAUGUCCUAUCACAUUCUGGUUGUUUUUAUGUAUGUUUCUAAACUGCUGCACUGAGAUGGCAGUUCUGUUGAGGGCUUCCGCCCCCCCCCCCCCCCAAAAAAAAAGCAGACUCCCUAGAGUUAAGGUAUAUUGAACGGCUUCCAACUUCCCCAACCUGAAUGUCUGAAUAUACAUUGCAGAGAAAACGACAUAUGUUUUGCAAAUUCUGCUUUAAUAGUGGGGACAUAAGUGGGAAAGAGGAGUCAUGCUUUUAGGAUAAGCUUGGGGUGAGAUGCCCAUAAACAUAAACUUACACACACAAAACGGGAAGCCACUGAGAAGGUGACUUGAUUCCUUAUCCUGGCCUUCAGGAAAAAAACAGAAUAGAAUAGAAGGCAGUCUCCUGUUGAUGUCACCAGUUAAUCCCAUUUCUGGGAUAAGCAUUACCUAAUAACACCCAUAGCCUUUCCUUUUCAACUGUUUUUUGCCCACCCCAGUAACCUGUUGGAAAUGAACCAGUUUAGGGAUAGUGAAAGUAGGAGCUGAAGACCAAAUGUUUAAGUGUGUCUCUUUUAUCUCUUUUUCCUGAAAAUGGCUCAUUCCUCAUAUUGUUAUUGUUUAAUGAAUACGUUGGGAACAUGGAUUUAAUUAAAGUUUAUUUCAACAUUUGAAGUCUAAUGAAGGAGGUAGUUAAAUGGCAUCUUCUCAUUGCACUAUAUGCUGGUCAGUGUUUUAUGCUGAAGGUAUCUCAUUUUGGUGGAAGUCUGCUCCUGCUCAGUUUGGGCCCUUGGAGAAGAAAGUUCUACAUUUUGAGAUUUUUCAGAUCUAUUUCUUUCGCAGAAUGCAUUAGAUAAAUAGUUUACACCAUCCUGAAGAGAUUGUUUGGGAUCUUAAUUUUCUUCUAAUAGUCUUAACUAGCUAAAGAAGUGUGAGAAAACCCAAUGUUUUGCUUUAUAGGCUGACCAAAGGAAAUUUUCAGGUGGGCUAGAGUUUGAAUUUGCAGUGGUAGUCUUGCGCAGACUUGCCACACUCAGCUGGAUAACCUUUUGCUUAUCAUGUCAUGUGGUUUUGUUGUCUGCAUUUUCCCCCUUACAAUGUUCUUAAAUGUUGAAAACAAGGAAGUUGCGGCCACCCAUUUUAGUUUGGAGAAGUGGAAAGUCUAAAUCACCUGAGAAAAGAGUAAGGAUGAAUGUGGAGAAAUAGUGUAAACAUUCACACAAAUACGUAGCAUCAUAGUUAUCUCAGUCCUAAAGUACCAAUUUCUCUAGGCCUUGGUUUGCCAAUGAGGGCUGACUUUGAUAUCACAUUCUAUAAUAGCAGACUUUGUUGUUUUGUUUUAACUACAUCCUUCCAGAUAUUUGUGUCUGGGUGAUUCUGCAACUGCUUUCUGACUGGCCAUGAGAAUUGACCCUAGAAACAAUUCCAACCAUUUCCCCUUUUUCUAUUCCUUACUUUCCAAAUGUGAUUUUCCUCUGCUCAGAUGGCUAUGCACUUGGGGGGGGGGGGGGGGGGGGACAUAUGUGUAACCUACAUUACUAAAUUGUGAAUUAAAGCAAUUAUAGUUGGAAUCACCCAUUCCAUCUAGCCUGUCCUUCAAGUCU